AUGACAGACAGCAGAGUAGCUGUAAACAGUGAUUUUAGAUUCAUCUCUAAAACUCAUUUUUUGGUCCAAACAGUGGCAGAAAUUUACUUUUUGAUUGUUGAACAGGAAUGGUCACCAAAAAUUUGCACUCUCCCCCCUCUCUUCCCCCCAUUUAGUCCCCACAAACAGUCCCCCAUCUCUUCACUCCCCCCAUCUCUUCUCAGGAUUGCUCCCCCCCUUGUCUCCCAAAAUUUGCUCUUCUCUCUUCCCUUCUCCCCCCUCUCUUCUCUCCCCCCUCUCUUCUCUCCCCCCCCUCUCUUCUCUCCCCCCUCCUCGUUCUCUCCCCCUCUCUCUCUUCUCUCCCCCCCUCUUCUCUCUCCCCCCUCUUCUCUCUCUCCCCUCUCUCCUCUCUCUCCCCUCUUCUCUCCCCUCUUCUCUUUCCCCUCUCUUCUCUCCCCUCUCUCUCUCUCCCCUCUCUUCUCUCCCCCCUCUCUUCUCUCUCCCCUCUCUUCUCUCUCUCUCCUCUCGUUGCUCUUCUCUCUCCCUCUCUCUCUCUCCUCCGUUGCUCUUUCUCUCUCUUCUCUCUCUCUCCUCGUUGCUCUUCUCUCUCCCUCUCUCUCUCUCUCCUCGUUGCUCUUCUCUCUCCCUCUCUCUCUGUCUCCUCGUUGCUCUUCUCUCUCCCCAUUCUCUCUCUGUCUCUCCUCGUUGCUCUUCUCUCUCUCUCCUCGUUGCUCUUCUCUCUCCCCUCCUCGUUGCUCUUCUCUCUUUCUCCCAGGACUUGCUCUUCUCUCUCUCCUCUCCUCGUUGCUCUCUCUCUCUCCUCCUCGUUGCUCUUCUCUCUCCCCUCCCUCGUUGCUCUUCUCUCUCUCUCUCUCCUGUUGCUCUUCUUUCUCUCUCUCUCCUCGUUCUCUCUUCUCUCUCUCUCCCUCGUUGCUCUUCUCUCUCUCUCUCCUCGUCUCCUCUUCUCUCUCUCUCUCUCUCUCGUUGCUCUUCUCUUCUCUCUCUCUCUCUCUCAUUUCUUCUCUCUCUCUCUCUCUCUCCUCAUUGCUCUUCUCUCUCUCUCUCGUUGCUCUUCUCUCUCCCUCCUCGUUGCUCUUCUCUCUCCCUCCUCGUUGCUCUUCUCUCUCCCUCCUCGUUGCUCUUCUCUCUAUCUCCCUCCUCGUUGCUCUUCUCUCUAUCUCUCUCCUCGUUGCUCUUCUCUCUCUCUCUCCUCGUUGCUCUUCUCUCUCUCUCUCCUCGUUGCUCUUCUCUCUCUCUCUCUCUCCUCGUUGCUCUUCUCUCUCUCUCUCUCCUCGUUGCUCUUCUCUCUCUCUCUGCUCUUCUCUCUCUUCUCUCUCUCCUCGUUGCUCUUCUCUCUCUCUCUCUCGUUCCUCUCCUCUCUUCUCUCUCUCUCCUCGUUCUCUCUCUCUCUCUCUCCUCGUUGCUCUUCUCUCUCUCUCUCUCUCUCUCCUCGACGCUCUUCUCUCUCUCUCUCUCUCUCUUCUCUCUCUCUCUCCUCGCUCUUCUCUCUUCUCUCUCUCUCUCUCUCUCCUCGUUGCUCUUCUCUCUCUCUCUCUCUCCUCGUUGCUCUUCUCUCUCCCCCUCUCUCCUCGACGCCCUUCUCUCCCCCUCAUAUUCCCUACCACACUCUGUUGUCUUCCUGCUUUUGCUGACUCAUCUGCAUGA